AUGGAUUCGGAAGACGGGGAGUUGUUCGUAAAGCAACUGGCCAGCUUUGUGCGCACGCACGAAAAGGCUCUCGCCAACGCCUUACAAUUCAGAAGACAGGCAGCCUCUCGCCAUGGCUCCUCUCAGAGUGUCAGCUCGAUUCCCACGCCUCAAUCACCGGUCGUCCCCGAGAGACCCUCGACUUCGGCCUCAACUUCGAACGGACUCGCAUCCGCUCUCUCUCUGGGUUCUUUGAACUUCACUUCGCACACUGUCAAGUCGGCGAAGCUGGCCUUGACGCCGCACCAUCUGUUUUACCUACUCUCUCGGUUCGAAGAACUCGCCAUUCCCGUUGGCCCUAUGAAGAUUCGUCUCGAGAACCUACACGAUAGCUCAACAUCGGCCAAUUACGUAUCCUUUUUGAGCAAUACCCAACGAUCCCGAAGCCGCGGCUCCGAUGUUGGUUCCAUCCACUCCGUAUCUAGCGUUCGAAGCGUUAUGUCAGGCAUGUCGGCUCUCUGGACAAGUUUUGGCAUUGGUGCGAGCAUUUCGGCUGCACGAACCGAGCGGCAGAAAGCUGCCACCCAGGCCGACCUGAAGUACUUAUACUCGGCUUUCACCAAAAUUCCUUGCUUGCGCCUCGCCCCCGACUGGCGCGCCCGGCUGAUCCGCGGCUACGAGGAGUUCCCAUUCGACUCCGCGGUGCCGCUCUAUGUCUUCAAGAAUGUUCAAGCUCUCGAAGUGAACAGCAUCGACUUCCGACAGUUCUUUGGGUGGGAUCGCAUGGCCGAGCAGCUGAGGUCGCUGACGCUGAAGCGCGCCGGCGUUGAGGAUCCUGCAGACAUCCUGAUCGACAUUGUGCUUGAUGAUAUGGACAAGCGACGGAGGAGGACAUCGAAGCAACAAUCAUCGCCGACUACCCCAUGGCCCUCAAGUUCCAGCCCUCGCAGGAGUCCCACCAUUCCUCACGCUGAACUUCACAAGUCACCCUCGAUGCCGGGUUCGCCAGACCCACGCAACUCGAUCGGGGACCUGGGCAUUGGUUCUCUGAGCACCCAAGAUCAUGCCGUUGACGACGCACAUGGUGAAGGCAGACGGCCAUCUCUGGCUCGAGCGGAAACGUUCGAAGCCAUGUCGCCCCCCAAGGGAUCGAGACCGCGCAGCAACUCGCCAACUCGCCCCGUCAGCUCCCGCAACCCCUCUCACAUGAGAGGAGGCCACAAGGUUCGUCGCUCCGGCUCUGGCAGCUCGCAGUCGAGUCUUUCGGACUCGUGGCACCACAGCCGCGCCGGCAGUUCUUCAAAUCUCUUGAGCAUGGGUGUUCUGCCAACAUCAAAGUGGCGGUUCUUGAAGCACCUCAGUCUGGCCGACAACUCCAUGACCUCCAUCCCUGCCACUAGCUUGGUUCCCCUCGCAAACACCCUUCACUCUCUAGACUUGUCAUCCAAUCUGUUUACUCAGAUCCCCGACAGUUUGGCCACCCUUACCGCUCUUCGCGCACUUAACCUCUCACACUGCAUGAUCGAUGGGCUCCACUCCUUGACGCGCAAUCCCCUCCCGGCCAUCUCGGCUCUCAACCUCCGCGCCAACCGCCUGCAGUCAAUCGCUGGCAUUGAGAAACUCUACCCCCUCGAGCGAUUGGACCUUCGAGACAACCGCUUGUCAGAUCCUAUGGAGCUGGCCAGGCUCACUGGCAUUCCUGACAUUCGAGAGAUCUGGGUUGAGGGCAACCCUUUCACCCGCACCCACAAGGAUUACCGCAUCACAAUUUUUAACCUCUUCCGCAAGACCCCAGGCUACACCGAGGACAUUGUUAUUGACAACUGUGGUCCUACGUAUUCGGAGAGGAGAUACUUGGUGGAACGUACACCGGUCCCUGCCGCCGUGCCGGUCGUCAAGCCCGCUCCCGCCGACAUCCCGGCUGUUGACGUCAGCAAGCCAGCCAUCAUCUACGACAUCCCCAAGGAGCCUUCCGUCCUCCGCAAGGAGCGGCCGGUUCCCAAAGCCGUUACCAGCGAGGUGAACACCAGCUCCACUCGCCGCCGCAAGACACCAAAGAGACGGAUAGUAGACCUUUCUACCACGGAUGCAUCUGUGACCGUGACGCCUGGUAUCGCGUCGGUAGCACCUGCGGACAUCAAGGUGCUCGCUUCUGAUGCCACGGCCACCGCGGCCGGUUCAGACAACAACUACCGCAUUUCGCAGGCCCCUGAGAUACCUUCGCUUCCCUCCGCCAUUCUGGCCGACAAUCGAAAGGCCAGCUCUCAACCCGAGGUACCCCGCAUAGACACCAGCGUGGUUCCUGAACUUCCCCCCAUCUACACAACCCGCGAUGCUCCGGCAGACUCUCAGGAUUGGGAUGUUAGCGGGGAGAUGUACCGCCGGAAGAUCGAAGCAUUGCGGGACAAGGUUGGCAAUGGUUACCUCAGUGUGCUCAGUGAGGAGGGCUGGGAUCCCUCUCGCCCGCCAACGUACUCGGUUCCAGAGUUCAGCCCAGCCUCGACCGUUCGGCCCAGUCCUACUACCCCCCGGAAUAAUUCCCACCAUCAUCCCCCGGCCAUUCACAGUGGCCGCACCCUUGGAUAA